UGUAUCAUGUUGCUGUGAUGUGAGCAGGGAGUCAGGAAGGAGGAGAGGGACCAAAACAAGAGAAGCAGAGAGGGAAUAAACUGAGGACGGAGCUGGACUACAUGCCUAGUUUGAGGGAGCCAGAUUAGCAGUGACUCAGAGCUUUUUGAAUACUAACCACCAGAGAAUAUGGCUUUGCACCACUGUUUGCCUGCAUAGUGCAUAUUCAUAUGAGUUUGUGUGUGCCACCGAGGGACUGAAAGGGAGAAGGGAUUCAACCUUAUCAAAAGAGAGUCACUCAGUGCCCCCCUUCUCAAAGACUUGGAGCAGAGGAGUACAGAGGAGGGAGACAAGGUGGUGAGGGGGCAAGGGGGAGAGGGUGACCCCCACAUCUGUACCCAGAACACCUAAAGGACAAAGUGAGAAAAACCACAGCUAGACCCAGGGCUUGACAAACGCUAACAAUGAUGUGAUGGUAAAGGUGGACACCAGCUCUCCAGGGAUUUUAGGCCUCUGAGCCAGUUGACCAGGUGAUGGGGAGACGGGCGGCUGACCUGACCACUGCUGUGCCAGUACUGGGAGUUCCUGCCCUGGUGGGGGUGCGUGGUUGGAGGACAGCAGGAGGGGAAAGGGCCGGUGAAGUGCUGCCACUGACAUGGGGUCCCCAGUGCAGCAUCGGAGUGCAGACUUCACCCGGUGUAAGAGCCCCACCCAUCCUGCAGGGCACACAACUAAUUGGCCCAUUCCCCAGGCAAUCAGACAGCAGGAUUACUCCCAAAUCCAAUGGCUACAUCCCAAAGGAGCCAAAGGAAGAGGAGGGAAUCAGACGGACUAAGAGUGUCAGAGAAAGAGUGGCUCUUUCAAAACAGAGGAGUUUAGAUUCCAAGAUCAAAAAGGGUGUGACUUUUGAAGGAAUUUCCAGUAAGCUCACAAAGAAUGUGCUCUUCAACCAAUGGAAAAGUGGGACUUAUUGCUAUGCCCGAGCAAUCAAGACUAACCCACACUUAUCAGGGGGCAUGGGGAAUAGCAAGCUCAAAGGAAGGCAGGACAUGCGCUACACAAAUGGCAGUGUAGUUGACUCUGAGGCUAUAGGAGGGAUUUGUAUUGAUGGCAGUGAUGAGGCGGAGCCUGUCUCGACCAUGUCCUCUAGAGUAGGGGACCAAUCAAAACCUAAAGAACAUUCUGUGGCACAUUCAUAUUGUGGGAAUGCAGAACGACCACCUGCUCUCCCACCUCUCCAAAUGCCCCAGCGGAUCUGCAGCCACUGUGGAGGGAGACAGACUGUGGUCGCUGGAGCUGGAGAUGGAGCUGGAGCUGCCAAUCUGGGAGAUAAGAGCCCUUCCUCUGCAUGCCCUGAAGGAACAACAGCCAUGAAAACACCUCCUUCACUCACAGACAGAAACCAUCUUCCAACUUCACAUACUGAGAAAGAGAGAGACUCUGCAUUCUCUCCUCUGAGGAUUGCAGACAGGGAUCGGACACAAAGCCAGUGGACACACACAGACUCUCUAUCCACCCACCCCCACUGUAAUCCCCCUAUUCAGAACAACAAAGACAGGAAACCCAAUCUGCCUGAAAACCCACCACCUGCAUGGCAAAAUGGAGAUCUGAAACAGACUAAUAGUUAUACCUCACAUCCUACAUACCCCCUGCAUUCCACUAGCAGAGACCCAGUAGAAACCCUAGACACACCUUCACAUGCACACUCAGACAAGCCAACCAGCCUCACAACCAUCUUACACACAACAAUGGUUACAGUCACCAAGGCAACAAUUGAACCCAGGCGUGCAGAUGCCAACUUCCUUGAGACCCCAUCUCACUUGAGUAAGAUUCCCCGACCGACACCGCUCAAACUUUCUCCCCAAAUCGCCAUAGCCACAAGACCAAACACGCCACGCACACACCGUAAGCAUCCAAAGACACCCAGACACCCAAAUACACAACCCAACCCCUCAAACACUCAACCUUACCCUGUAAACCCACCACACAGAACCUCUCCUCCAAACCAUGUAAACCCAUCCUGUGUUAUGAAACCCCCUAAGCCUGAAAACACACCACACACAACAACACUUUCUAUCACUGCUACAACAUUACAUAGAAGUGCACCCCCUUAUCCCACCAACACACACGCAACUAAACCCCCUAACUCUGCAAACGCACACACAGCUACACCACCUACCCCUGUAUGCACACCGACAACAACAACACUCCCAAACACAGCUACCACAAUGAUAUAUAGAACACUCCCUAGCCAUGCUAACACAUUACACACAACUACAACUCCAGCAAACACACCAUAUUCCACCACUCUGGCUAACCCUUAUAUCACAUCACACACAACUACACCCACAUACUAUUAUACCACAAUACACCCAACAACACGCCCAAAGCCUUUGUCCCUUAACCCUAACCUUUCAAACACACCUAUAUCCCCUUACUUAGCUUAUACAUCCCCCAAAACACCCCCCAAUGUUGAUAACGCGUCACAAACAACUACACCCACUCACUCUUCAAAUGGGUUACACAUAGCUAGUCAGCGUCAUCCCUCAACCACAUCACUGACUAACUGUAGACCAUUGAUCAUGACACAGACACAACACAAUAAACCACCUGACCCAUCAAAUAGAUCACAUAAGGUAACAUGUAUAAAGACACAUACUGAACAAACCACUGCCUAUCACACAAACACUCAUAAACGAUUUGUCGUUGAACCAAUAAUGCACGCAAAUGUAUAUCCAAAACUACUGACUGUCUCCAACAGAAACACACACUGUAAUCCUGUCAUCGUAUCACAGACACAUGAGGAAAGGCACUCUAGAAUGUCCAAUGCAUCACAGGUCACUAACCUCCCAAAAUGCAUCACUGAAAAGGAGACAAACAAAGAAGGAGAAAAGCAGGGACACUUUGUCACAAACCUAAAACCUGGGUCUGAGCCUCAGCUACAUUCACACACAGAGCACAUUCCCUCCAGCGCAUUCAGACUUGACGGGCAGAUAUACACAAAUGACGUUCCACCUUCCAUCACACCACAGACACAAACAGACCCUAAGGCCCUCAUUGCAUCACAGAUGAACACUACUGCACAUGUCAAACCCGUCACCAAAACACCAAACCACAGAAACACAGACUUCAGUUCCACAUCAACGCCAAACAAACACACAAGCCCCACACACCGACUCAUACCACAGGCCCGUCCAUACACCAUCACUGAGCUCCUCACACACACAGCCAUAGACCCCAAGUGCAACCGCCUUUUGCCGCCAUCACGCAUGGCACACCUAGCAUUCUACACCCUCACCCAUCCCAAUCAGACACACCAGAUGAUCCAUCCAGUAUUACCAUUUUUAUCGUCAAGCACCACCCCACAGCCCUCCCUAGACGAUCCCAGGCUGGCUCACUCCCACCCGGCAGACGCAGCCCUGCUGCCCCCUUCCCCACAGUGCAGCAAGCCAGCCCCUCUCCAACGGAGGCUGCAGUUUGUAGAGGCCAACCUGGCAGCCAACCAGGACAAGAUCACUACCCUUCUCAACAUCAUCCAAGACCUGGAGAUGAGCCAAGCUCUCAGCAUGGGUCGGCGAUGCUACAGGACAGGGCAGGACCUCAGGGAGUGCUCCACCUGUCAGAAGACUGCUUGUAUCGUCUACAGUGUGGAGUAUGACUUCAGGCAGCAAGAGAGACGUUUAUUGGAGGUUCUGAAUCCUCAGAGGGCUGACAACAACACUCCAACAUUUCCCCCCUACCUGCCUCACAACCCCACCUUGCUGACGAAUGCCAUCACUAAGACCAUGACCAAGUCCAAGGUUAAAAGCAAAAAGUUGUGCAAGACGCUUUUCCGAUGGCUGCCUAGAAAAAUUCAGCGGACAAAGUCCUCCUUUCACCAACUCUCUCCAGAUCAUUUGAACUCCUAGCAUGUUAUCCAUGAGGUAUCCCCUGAAAUAUAAGAUAUGAUGUCCCUAUUACAGCAAGCAGCACUUGUCAUCGUGGAAGACACGUCACUUCCUGUUCACAUGAUAGGUGUUCUGAAAUCUGAUUUGCUCCUUUAAGGUUCAUUGACACCCUAAUGUCCAAUCAGAACAUAGUAUGAACAGGAUAUCCCCAAUAGUAACUAGAGACCUUUGCCCAGUCUAGCAAGAGUAUAUCAUAAGGGAAAACAUCAUCCUUCAGAUGAAAAUCAUGAACUUUCGUCCAAAGCACAUGCAAUAGUUUUGUUGAACUAGAUAUGACUUCCAAAAGUUUCCUAGAUUGCAAUCACCAUUUUUCAGAGUAUAUAGUAGAUGAAACGUCCACUUAGUCAUGUUCUAUAGUAUCUUGUAGCUAAGUGUUGCCGUCCAAUUACAGAUUCCCCCUACCAGCUUAUCCCAGGGUAAAUGUAUCUACCUGAUUUUUUUUUUGAA